AUGCUCGAAAAUGGAGAACCUUUGAAGCCUGUUUAUUCAUUAAUAAAUGAAAAUGAACAUGAAUAUGAAAAAUCAAUUUUACUUAGAAUAAAAGGUCGCCAGCCAAAUUUAGUUCUUCAAUAUAAUGGAAUUUCAGAACGUUAUUCAUCUGAUAUGCAUGUAAGUGUAGUUAUCAAUGUUAAAGAUUUUACUUAUGAAUUGCCACAAUUAACAAACUCACAUUUAAUAAUUGCUUAUGCAAAUAAACCAACACAUUAUGUAAAAAGAAUUAGUCAAUCAAGUUAUGGUUACUAUCAAGGAAAUCUAUAUUUUACUGAUAUCCAUGAAAAUUAUGGGACUUGUGUUCAUAUUGAUAUGGAAAAAAGUGUUGAAUAUGAAAUAUCAGGAAUAUUUGAUGUUGAUGGUUGUCUUCCUGCAUUUAAAGAUGCUAAAAAAGUUGAAGUCAUUUUUUCAGAUGAACUAAAAACACUUAAAAUUGAUUCAACACCGAUAAAAGUCAUUUGUAUGACAAAAUGCGAACAGAUUGUUGUUAUGUCAAAUGUUGCAGGAAUCAAACGCGAAGAUAAUUAUACAGAUGAUUCAUCGAUUCUUUCAUCAACAAAUGGACCACAAAAUAUAUUAGUUUUCUUCAUAAAGAAAUCAUUUUGGUCUUCCAAAUAUAAUUAUUCAGUUAACACAAUGUCUGGUCAACAAUCAGCAUAUUAUUUUGAGUCUUCUAAUACAAAUCAAUAUAUCUACUCUUAUUCACCGUUUUCAGUGAAUGUGAGAUACCCUACGUUUCCAACUUCUGGAAAACGGUUUUUCACCCUUAUGAUCAGUUUCAGACACUUUGGGAGUCUCCCAAACUUUGAUAUUUUGCAUUAUGAUAGAGAAAC